CCAUUGCGACACAGCAACAAGAUACUGCGUCAUCGCAGUUGCCAUGGGACAAACCGGACAAACGCGUUCAAGUCGAAUCAGAUCGAGCACCAAACAUCAAAAUGGUGAUGGCUGAGGCGGAAAAAAGUAAAACGUCAGCAUCCGAGCUGCAACAAAAUGCUGAUUCACGACAUGGUGACCCAGGCUUGGUAACAAUCGAAAAUCAACAAGAUGGCGGCCAUAGUCUCACCACCACACACGAAAGUGCUACACCAACAACGGGAACUUUCAAUAGCGAAGGGAGCAGUUUCGCAUCGAUGGCACCACAGCAACCGACGAUUUCAUUUUCGCAAGCAAACAGUAAAGAGCCGAUGAGUGCAUCGAAGCAAUCGGGCGUUGGUGUAGACCAAAACACACCACCACAGGCAAUGAAUGGAGCAUCGAACGAACAGCAGCAGAUUCGGAGGACAUUCCAGGACGAAUCAAACGAUUGUCAGCAGAUACACGGCACCUGGAGGAAUUUGAGCAUGCAAAACAGCACCACGACACAGUGGAAAUUUAUUCCUCCGUCCGCACCACACAUGGGGGGCCUACAUGAAGCCGCGGUGAAAAGCGCGAAGGCUCACCUCAAGCGCGUCAUAGGCGCACAACAGCUCACCUUCGAGCAACUGGCGACACUGCUAACUCAGGUGGAGGCCUGUCUGAAUUCAAGGCCACUGCUUGCUCUGAGCGACGACGCCACCGAUGAACUGGCACUAACGCCAGGUCACUUCUUGGUGGGCGAACCACUCGUCGCACCCCUGAGCCGUGACCAUACCUCAACAUCAGCCAAUAGGCUGAAAAACUUCGAGCUGAUGGGGAAAAUGGCGCAGGAGUUUUGGUCACGAUGGUCAAGCGAAUACGUAACAACACUCAUGGAAC